AUGUGGUUAAUAGGAUUGUUAUCUGCUCUUAUUUAUUAUAUAAUUAAACUUAAAUAAUCUUUUAAGAAAGAAUCGGAAUUAAAAACCCUAAUGCUCAACAAUAUGACCCCUAAAGAGUUUUGCUAAGCAGUUUUAUAAAUCACUGAAGAAAGAAAAAAUUACUCAUUAAACAUUAUUAGAAUUGUAGGAGAUUUAAUAGUAGCAGUUUAGCGUAACAAUAUUCCAGAGUUCUUGCUCCACACUAGAUUCAAUAGAGGCUUAGUCGCUUUUGGAGGUCUUUUGUCUAGUUUAAUCUCUUUCUACUAAUUCUACUCUAAAAAUAAAAAAUUAAUUCAAUAGUAAAAAUGA